UCCACAUAAAACAAUACAAACAGAGCCAAAACGCUAUUAGGCAGUUUUGGCAGAUAACCAAGCAGCACAACACAGGCUGUGUUGAGAUAAAACGACCUAUAACCUCUUCGGAGCCCUUAAGGACCACAAGCGCGACCCGGCGCUCCUAUAAACAUCAGCCAUACCAAAGCUUUCCCGGCUCCUACCGCCACCGUGGAUAUCGCUUACCUCCUCAAGGCUCCCGACUCGGAUGAGUCUUCCUCAUAUCCUCCCGAGUACAUUCGAUCCGUAUCAGUACCAUCUUCCGCAACUACGGCUACUGUAACUUCGACACCUAGCGGCGGGCCACCAUUUUAUUACUCUCCACAGCCCGGAGGACCAGGAUCAGGACCAGGACCAGGACCAGCUUCGGCAGGCAGUACGUCUAAAAAGCGCAGCAUGUCACCUCACACGUCGGAAUCCCCUGCCAGGAGGCAGAGCAAAUGGUCAAGUGAAGAGGACGCCCAAAUUAUAGAACUUCGAGGAAGUGGUCUGAAAUGGGACGACAUUUCCAAGAAGCUCCCUGGGAGGAGCGCCAUUAGCUGCCGGCUACACUAUCAAAACUACCUUGAGAAGCGUAGCGAGUGGGACGAGGAAAGAAAGAAUAAGCUAGCAAGACUUUAUGAUAGAUUCAAAUCCGAGAUGUGGGCUAAGGUUGCAGAUGAGAUGGCGAUGCCGUGGCGGGCAGCAGAAGCAAUGCAUUGGCAACUCGGAGAACAGGACAUGCGACGUCGUGCAGGUGUGACAGUGCCCUUUACUCUGGCGACGUCGACAUCGGAGGGAUCUCGAGGCAACUCUAGGGCCCAUUCACGACAUAAUCACUCGCACUCGCAAGGCAACGUUUCUCGCGACGCUGGGUCUGGACGAGGCUACGGCCGUGCAGGGACGGCACCAGUAGGUCGGCCUCUCGCAUCCAGGAGAGAAAGCGUGCCGCCUCACGUUAACAUCUAUCCGGAACAAGAGCACGAAAAUUUUGCAUAUCGACCUCUAGCUCCUAUUCAAACACAAACCCCGCCAUCACUACCAAUGUUGCCAGGAGUUGCUGAGCUCACAACGGUGGUUAGCCGUUAUAGUACGCCCGCAUACUCUCUUCCUCCCCCUAAUAUGAGCCCCGGUAUUAGCUCCGCGUCAAGCCCAACCGGGUCGUAUAUGAUGACACCGCUGGGCUAUCCUUCCGUAGAGCUAACUGGUCCGAAACGACGCAGGGGCUCGGAGGUCAAUAAUCUCUCUCCAGAUAUAAAUAGGCGAAGGAGUCACCAUCUGGAUCAGCGGCCAGAACCUUACGACAUUACGAAUUUUCCACGACACGAACGUGCCCGCUAGGCCAAUGCAAGGGAAAAAAAGAGAAAAGGACAGAACACGAGUUUUACGCAUAACUAUGCUUU